CUCUUGUUAAUGAAUCCUACUUCAACUACUUUAAACCACAGUACUCGGGGGCUGUCCUCUACGACUGUAGUACAACAUUCGUAUUUUCUAAUGCUAAGGGUUUCUCUUUAGUCUUGGUAUGGUAAAUUUCUUCUUUCAAGUGUACUUUUCGUCUUCGUGAAAAGAAAAUUGCAUAGGAAUUUUUGGAAUUGUACAGAAUUGAGUGAAACAGUAUGGAUAUAGAAAAUAGUCAAGAUAACGUUGCAGAGGAGCCAUACUUAAACGAAAAUGACAAAAAUUAUACUUGGACAAAUUUUCGUGAACAAGUAGAAAACCAUUUUGAAAGGAUUGAAAUAUUGCAUCAGGUUCUUGGAACAGAUGGAGACAAUUCUUCCCUAUUUGAAUUGUUUACGACAGCUAUGAACGCUCAGCUUCAUGAAAUGGAGCAAUGUCGAAAGAAUCUUGAAAACGAUUGUCGUCAGAAGAUUGAUACAAUUCAAUUUUUAGCUUCUUCACUCAAGCUAGAUGACCCUGAUGUGGAUCUUCAAAUAAAUCCUCCUCUAAUUCAAUGCCUAGAUGAACUUACUCAUUUAGAAAGUCAGUAUAUGGCUCAAUACGACAAGAAAGUGUCUACUAUUAAAGUCUUAUACCAACAGCUAGAGCAAACUUGUAAACAAUUAGGAACGCCAUUUGCCAUUCCCGAUUUCGAGAAUGCAUUUUUGUCUGAUGUUUCAGAUGUAUUUCUGGAUUCUUUAAGACUCCGUAAUGAAGAAGCACGAAAGGAACUAGAUUCUCGACUUGAGCUCGUAAAUAAUUUAGAGUCUGAAAUCAUUCAAUUAUGGAUGGAGAUAGGCGUCGAAUCAAUAGACGAACCUUCGUUUCAAGAACUUAAAAACACCCAUAUGAACCGACCUCCCCAAUUUUGCGUCCCACAAUUACUUAUAACCAAACUCUACGAGCAAAAGGAUAUGUUAGUAAACAUGAAAGAAAAGUGUGUUAUGCAGAUAAAUGCUUUUCGUGAUGAAGUUCAUGAUCUUUGGGAGAAACUCAAUAUUAACGCUGCUGAUUAUGCUCAUUUAGAACAAUCGUCUGGAGUGUAUCGAGAAGACUUGGCCAAAUGGGAAACACAAUUACAGAAUUUGCAAGAAUUAAAGAAACAGCAUAUUCCUGUGUUUAUUGAAGAUGCUCGGGGGAAAAUAAAGAAAGCUUGGGAUGUUUUGUUUUACACUGAUGAGCAACGUCGUUCUUUUUCUCCUGCUUUUGAAGAAAAUCUAACUGAAGAUUCGCUAUCAGCGCAUGAACAAUAUCUGAAGUUCUUGGAAAACGAAGCAAGAGAAAAUAAGCAUUUCUUGAACCUUAUAGCUAAAUACUCUUCUUUAUUAGAAGGGAAACGUGAACUGGAGGCAAGCGCAAAUGACUCUUCUCGUCUUAUGCAAAGAGGUCGCAGGGAACCCGGAUUGCUUUUACGCGAGGAAAAAAUUCGGAAACGUCUAUCAAGGGAUUUACCCAAAGUACAAGCAUUACUUAUUCCAGAAAUCUCGUCUUGGGAGGAAAAAAACCAGAGACCAUUUAUGUUUGAAGGUGAGCAUCUUUUACAGAAGCUUAAGGAACCACCUCAAACCAGAUCGAAUGUCCGAACGAACAACACUUAUAGUUCCAAAGCUCCUACAACCCCUAGUCAAACUACGAAUAAAUCUCCUCAGAAGGGUAGGAUUGCUGCUUUGUCAACGCCUACAUCCAGAAACAAUCAUCGUCCAAUGGCAAGCCCUAAGACACCGCUGACUAGACAAAAAGCUAAUGAAUUUGGUGCUGCUCGAUCGGUUAGUGCUGAUGAACCACGCACUACAGCAUUCAGUAACCGAAGGCUACCUGCCGCAGGACGAUUAGAUUUGAACAAUAAAUUUUCUGGAGCUCGAUCGCAGAGCGCUAAACAUGAAAACACUAAAACAACACCAUCACCAGAUUUUGGAAAUACGCCCCUUUUUGGAAGAACUAAUACAAAACAGACACCGUCAUCCCAAACCACUGCACUUGAUCACCAUCCUCCUUUUUUAUUUCAAGCUCGUCCUCAAGUAACUCCUCGAGCUUCACCGAGAACAAUUUCAAAGCCUCUAUCCAACAGCCCGUCAAAGCCAAUAAUUAACAAUGAUCAUAUGGUUAAAGAUGUGUCAGAAAAAUUUAGGAAAGCACGACUAGAAGAGAAUGAUAUCGAUGAGACCAUCGAAGAAGACAUUGAGAACCUUCCCUAUUCUCCAAUGAAAAUAUCUCCUAUAAAAUCCAUCCCAGCAUCGCCACAAACCACAAACAAGUUAGGACCUCUCAUGCCAAUGGAGAAUCUCACUAACUACGCGCCUAUGGAGGACGAAUGGGGCGAGGAAGGAUAUUAGAGAGUUUAUUAUUAUACUGACAUUUGUAUUAUACGCAUUCUUUUUGAUGAAAUUCAUUAAAUCUAAAUUAUUUAACAUUUAUAAAAUAUAGAGCAAGUACCGAGAUGUUAGUAAUAACAAUAGACAACGAAAGAAAGAGUGUAUUUAGCGCAUCAGCGUAGAUGGCAGCUAUUCGUGAACGAUACAACUUUAAUUAUGUUUCAACUUGGAACAGACAGCAAACGAAAAGAAAUGAACAGUAAAAGUGCCAGAAUUGGUAAGGAAUUAACAGUUACAAUUAGAAUUAUUAGGGGGUUUAGAAAUGAUAAGGGGUUCAGAAAAAUCAUUAACAAAAUCAUCAUGAAUUGUUUCGUUUUCUAGAGCGUAUCGGCUGACUUGUUCAAAAAGUGCAGCAACGUUGCUAUUAUCCUUGGCACUGGUUUCAAAAUGUGGUAGCGGAUUUUCUCGUCUAGAUUUGCAAUAAGCUAAAGCCCGGUUCAGGGACACGGCCCGUUUAGAAGAAUCUUUGUCAAUUUGGUUACCGACAAUAAUAAUUGGAAAGGAGGAUUCAACUUGAGAUGUCUGUAAGAGGAAUUCUUGUUUCCAAUUCUCCACUGAUUCAAAACUUUUGGCGUUAUUUACAUUAUACACAAUCACACAACAAUCUGCUCCUCGAUAAAAAGCCAUGCCUAAACUUUGAAACCGCUCCUGACCUGCGGUAUCCCAUAACUGAAUAUAUUAGUGUCAAUUCAAUAAGAGGAAUAUGUUAAGAUUACACAUACUUGGAGGGUGACGGAUUUCCCAUCUAUAAUCACGUCUUUUGUCAAAAAGUCAGCUCCGAUUGUCGCCUUAUAUUCACGGCUGAACUUUUGAUUCACAAACUAGUUUUCCUGGUUAGCAUUUUGCAACUUGAUAGGACUUGAGCUUGAGGGGGAAUCACUUCGUAUGCUGAGAGUUCUUGAACACUGAAACGGAUAAUCCUUCGUUCUUCUGAUAUUCUCCAUUUCAAAACCGACCAGGAUUCAAUACACGUCGUGUAAGGUAUUCAAAUCGAAACCACAAUUUUUCUAGUAGAGCAAUCUCCUCAGAACCCUGUAUUUUUAUGUCUUUGAAUGCACUUUUAGAGAAACAACAUUUAUAAGCAGCCAAAAAAGGUUUCUACUCCGCGUUAUAAACAUGCGGUUCCAUAAAUUUUGAUUCCUCUAGCAUCAAUCCCUGAUGAACGGGACAUACCUGAUUCAUGAGACAUGUCUUACCAACACCGCUAUCCCCCAGUAUAACAACUUUAACAAAUAAUCGUUUUUGAGCCGACAUUGAUGGAAAAUAUUGAAGAAAGAAAUCAGCUGCAUGUACAGCUGUUGUAAAGGAGGUCUUCCCAGUGGUAAGUUUCUUGGAGAACGUAAUUCAAUGUAUAACGCAGUGCCUUGCAGAGGGGUAAUAAAUAAAAGCGUGAAAAUGGUAUUAAACGUUGAAUUCGAGCUUUAUUAGGUAGGAGGUAAUUAUGAUAUGGUUCUAUUAUAAGCCUCUAGCCUAUGAAGGGUAGUAUCUCGACCGAGUAAAUGAAUUGUAUCUGCUAAAUUAGCGCCAGGAACGGAUCCGCAAAGAAUUUGGCGAAUCAAAGAUUGUAGCUUUCCUAAUGGGAUCCCGAAAGAGCUGGCAACAUCCGAAACCAUCGUUUGAAGAACUUGGGGUUGCCAGGAACAAAGUUGAAACUCAUGAAGAAGACGCGAUAAAAGAACGGAAACAUUCGUCGCCAAAGGCAUUCUAUGUUGUAUAGUAUUUUGUGAAGGUUCUUCAAAAAAAUAGCCACAAAGGUCUACAAAUUCUGGCAGAGUUCGUACACGAUUGUGUAACAAUAGCAGACAUCGGCAAACGUACUCUGAGUCGGAAAUUCUAGAUACAGAAUUGGGAUAUUUUUCUUUCAAGCUUUUUUGCAUUUGAGCAACAAUUUGUUCGAGUUGCUUCGGAUCGGUCAUCCUUUCGCGUAAAUAAUGUUUGUUUAGGAAUUGCAAUUUCUCCAAUGCGACUAUACAAGAACCUCUUGUUAGUCUAUCAAUGGAAAAAAGCUCCAAAAGUUGUGGUAAAGGGAUAACGUCGUUUUUUUGUCUGGAAGACCAACCCAUUAGUGCGAGAAAGUUAAGAAUGGCCAUGGGCUCAAAUCCUUUUUCAAGCAAGCUAGUCACAUGAGCAUCAUUUUGUCGUUUACUUAACUUGGACCCAUCGGGAUUCGUCAAUAAAGGAAUAUGAGAAUAUGUCGGAGGGCGCCAAUGAAACGCCUUGUAAAGUUGAAUAUGCUUUGGUGUCGAUGGAAUCCAUUCUUCACCUCGUAUUACAUUAGUGAUCCCCAUUAAAUGAUCAUCAACUACGUUAGCAAAGUGGUAAGUUGGAUAUCCAUCCGAUUUCAAAAGCACAAAAUCAUCACUAAGUACUUUGGGUGUAUUUCUCUUAAUCGUAAUUUUUCCAUAGACAGUAUCAACAAAGGUUAUUGGUCCUUCUUCCGAGCGAAAUCGGACGACAUAGGGAUUCUUGUCCGUUUUAGGAGACUGCGUUGAACAUUCGUCGUAGCAUUUAUACGCUUUUCCAGAAGCUAGAAGUUUGGAAAUGUAUUCCGAGUAAAUGUGCAAUCGUUUGGAUUGCUCAUAAGGACCGAAAGGGCCCCCCGUAAUCGGUCCUUCAUCCCAUUGAAGUCCAAAAGUUUGUAAUAAAUCAUAAAUGGACUGUUCGGAGCCAUUGACUUUUCUCUUUUGAUCGGUAUCUUCUAGACGUACAAUGAAUUUCCCAUUACAUUUUUUAGC